AGCUCCCGGUGCCGACCCGUGCCUGCUGUUCCUGUAUCAUCUGAAUCACACACACACAGACAGAGAUGCGGACGUGUUUCACUUUCUUUGCUUCCAAGGACCCGUAUCUCUCACAUCUUUUCCUGGGAUCUUUGUUUCUGGACGGCAGCAGGCUGCGGCUGCGUAAUACUCCGGAGCAGCAGCAACAGAUGUGUUGAGCGACGCAGCUAAUAGCAAUAUCUUUCCACACUGACCACAGCCUGAUGCUUAAAUCCUUACAUUCAUAAUAAGGCAACGGGAAGCAGAUUACUGAGGGAUUAUACGCAUGCACAUGUAUUGUACGCGCAUGCACACACAGAGGAUAGCACAGUUCCAGGAUUUGACCGCUGUGCCACUGUGGAGCUCACUCUGAAUGAACUCGUGUGGCAGGCUGGCUGACUGAGACACCGUGGUAUCAUGGAAGAGGAGGAGGAGCCAACUGAGUCUCAUUGAAUUUAAAACACAUGCCCCCGCCUCCCUCCUCCUGCAUCAGUAUCGAAGGCUUUGACUGGCCGAUGAGGAUUACAGACAGAAAGAGAGAAGAGUGCAGAGCCGACCGUCCGCCUGUUGCUGUCCCAUGAUGCAUCUACACAUGUAAGAGCAGGAUCAGUCGCACAGAGGGCUGUUUCUAUGGAUACCCCUGCCCUGGGUAGUAUUAAUAAGACUCACUGAUAUUCUGACUAUCUGUGCGUGGAGAAGAUACAGUGAGAGAUUAGAUGUGCAUCCCUGCAGCAUCAGAUGACAUCUGUGGAGCAGUAAAAGACAUCAUCAUCAAGUGUCAGGAGGAAAACGUUGACGGAUUGUUUUUUUCAGAUUUGAACAUGCACUGUAGCUGCUUUACCAACACAUGUUUAAACCCGUGGCUGCACAAUCACUGACUAAAACAAAUGUUAGCUUUCUUUCCGCUUGGUUUCAUAUAUUUUGAUCCUUUCUGAGGUUCAGUUUUUUUGCUCAGACACCCCUUGUCCUAAACUCCUCUAAGAUAAGUGAACAUGUGAACAUUAACAACGGAUGGUUCACUAAAAGGGUGAUUUAAUAAGAAUCUACACACACAGGACUAAUAGAGGAGGUGAAGUGAUGCACAAAGAAACCUCUUCUUAGGCCUGAACAAAAUGAUUGUAAUUUUCUAAGAUAGUCCUACACUUAAUAGGCCCCUAAAACUGCCACCAUCUUCCACCAGACAAAACAGACAUCUACAUGCACCCGCUACCCAAAGAAAAAUCAGAUGUCUAGUUAAGGUUCUGGACUCACCAGCAAGAUGUGGCGUUGUGCACCUCAGACGAUAACAAAGAAGUUUUAAUUUAGAAACUGUUGGGAUCCAUCAAGUGCACUGAACCGCCUGAAAUCUAUCUAUCAUCUGUGUCUUAUACCUCUAAACUGAGCUAUCAUGGCCAGACAGGAAACUCCCCUCUUCCUCCAUGGCUUCGACCUCAGUGGCCACUUUAUUGACCUUCGACCUCUCGGCACAGGUGUCACCGGCCUAGUGCUCUCAGCUGUGGACCAGCGCAAUGGACAGCGCGUGGCAAUUAAAAAGCUGGUGAUGCGUGACGCGGUGACGGUGAAACAUGCCCUGCGGGAGGUCAAAAUCACCCAUCGGCUGCACCAUGAAAAUGUGGUCCAGGUUCAUGAGGUUUUGGCGCCAUACGGACGGCCGCUGCCCCGAGACCCAGCCCAGCUCAGUGCCCUGUACAUUGUGCAGGAGUGCAUGGAGACGGAUAUGGCUCGGCUGCUGGAACAAGGACCUCUACCCACAGGUCACGCUACUCUGCUGUUCUACCAGCUGCUGAGGGGACUAAAGUUCAUCCACUCAGCUAACGUCCUGCACAGAGACCUAAAGCCUGCCAACAUAUUCAUCAACACGGACCAACUGCUGCUCAAGAUCGGAGACUUUGGGUUGGCCAGGAUAGUCGACCCUCACUAUUCUCAUAAGGGCUAUCUGUCCGAGGGUCUCGUAACUAAGUGGUAUUGUUCCCCCCGUCUGCUCCUGUCGCCCAACAACUACACCAAGGCCAUUGACAUGUGGGCCGCAGGCUGCAUACUGGUUGAGAUGCUCACUGGACGCAUGCUGUUUGCAGGAGCUCAUGAGCUGGAGCAGAUGCAGCUGAUUCUCGACUCAGUGCCGGUGCUGAGAGAGGAGGACAGGCAGGACCUGCUACAGGUGAUGCCUUCAUAUAUCAGUCGUGGAUGGAGAGUCAAGAAACCCUUCUCUGUCUUGUUGCCUGAAGUGGAUUCUCAGGCUGUGGACUUCCUUGAGCGUAUCUUGACCUUUAACCCCAUGGAUCGGCUGACAGCUGAAGCAGCGCUGACCCACCCCUUCCUCCAGCAAUACUCCUGUCCAGCAGAUGAACCCACCUCCUUGCAUCCCUUCCACAUCGAGGACGAACUGGAGGACAGCCUCAUCACCGAGCAGAGCCUCAGCAACAGCAACAGUCAGGCCUCCAGCAUCCACUGGGACAGGUAUGAGAACAGUUUAUCAACAGACGUGUGCUGGCAGCAGUCAGGCGGGAUGUGCCGCUGCAUGCCCCAUGGUCGCAUUACGUCUGACCUCGGAGACACGACAGAGGAAGAGGAUGUGCAGAGAGACCCCCGAGCCAGUUCCACUUCACUGUUAGAGGAGGCUCAGGUCGACCCACGCAAAUAUUCCCACAGCAGCUCAGCUGAGCGCUUCCUGGAAAACUCUCACUCGUCUCUGGAACGAGUCUGUGGUUUGGGAUAUGGGGACCUGGAUUGUGGCCGCUCCUGUGACUACAAAGUGGGCUCUCCUUCAUAUCUGGAUAAAAUUGCCUGGAGGGAGGGCAAGCCUCAACACUACUCAGAGCCUAAGCUAAUCCUGGAUCUGUCUCAUUGGAAGCGUAACACUAACAUCCUUCCUGUGCCUGCUGAGCCUAUUGGAAGCAGUGUGGAGGACCUGGGAGAGAUGAAAGUGGAGGAAGCAGAAGAGGAGGAGACAGGGGAUUUAUUCCAGGAGAUCUCUCGCUGGGUUAAGAGCACCCAGUCUCGUCUGCACUCACCCAGUCCCAGUCCCUCUUUAGAGCCACGUUCACCCUCCUGCUACACCUCCUCUCCUCCUCUUCCUCUCUCCCCGACUGACCUCCCAGCCCCAGUCUUCCACUACACAGAAGUUGUGCAGCAACCAUCAGCUGAAUAUGAUGAAUACAGACUCAGCCCACUUCCACCUGUUACAUCUUCCUCUAAUUCCCUUCCCUCACUUCUCCCCUCAUCUCCCACCUCUCCACUUCCUCCUCAUUCACCUCGAGCAGUUUCUCCCCCCACCUCGCCACUUUUUAAUCCCCCAGAAUCUCAGCCCCUUUCCUCUACUUCCUCCAUUUCUCAGCCAGUAAAUGAUGACUCCUUGGAGUCACUUCCUGUCAAGCAAAAAGACCGGCUUUUCGACCUGGAUGUGUUCAUAUCCCGAGCACUGAAACUGUGCAGGCAGAAUAAAGACAAAGCAGACGGGAAGAGAGGAAAAGAGGGAGGGUGGAGGGAAGAAAGCAAACAGCCAAACAUUAACCGAAAGGUGCCCCGGCUUCCAGAGCACAGGACCCCACCACCACAGACACCUAACUCUUGAUGUUGACUUUCAGCUUCGGGGCCCACAACAUUAUAGCAUCAAUAUCGGUAGCACUUCCAAAUGCUCAUAGUGCUUUACAUAAAGGGGUGUCCAUGGCUGAAUAUGCUGCUUAAACAUUAGACGUUGGUGUUAGCAGCUGUUGUCUUUUGGUACAUGCCACACGCGGUGACUAAAACCAGCCACUUAAGCAAUCCUGCAGCUUCUACCCUCUCAGGUAAGAAGAGGUCAGAGAGCAUCUGGGUUAAAUAUAAAUAACCAUGCUUAGCACUGCAAAUAUCAAGGAUUUGUUCUACGUGAGAAUAUUUACAAAUAAUCAGCUAAUUAAAGAUUAUGGUAUUUGUGAUUUGCUAUCUUUUGUCAAGUUAAAGAUGGGUCAAACUUUGACUUGAUAGCAACUUAUUCUGUGACGCAAACAGUUGCGAUUGGAACAGUCAGUCUGUUAAAAAAGAGUUAGUCCAGGAUACUGAUAACAGCAACCUACUGGAGUGGGAUCACUUGGUUUGUUUUUGAGUUAGUUUGUUUUCUGCUGCGUGUCAGUCAUUCAGUCAUUUCUUGAAAUGUCAGACUGUCUUCCAAAGGUGAUGUUCACCAAAUAAUGAGUGUGACAGGGGAAAUGCUUCUUCCAAGUUUCUCUGAAUGUAUAAACUGAAAAAUAAUCAGUCAAAUUAUGCUACAUGGUAAACCAUAAGGAAUUUAUUUGUUGCUGUUUUAACUCUCCCAUGGUGACAUAAAGAGCUGUCACUGGUAAAUGCCUUGUAAACUUGUAUAAACUGUUAUAUUUAAUUCUAUAGUAUAUUUCUCAAGACUGUUGUCUUGAUAUUCUAGUGUCUAAAAUAUUCUUGUUUUCUUAGUUGAAUGCUAGAGCACAAUUUUGUGUUAAUUUGGAGUGAGUUGUAUUUUGUUUAAAUGUGGAAUGCUAAUUUAUGAUUAUUCAGUAAACUUCGCUCUAGUUCCUAUCAUAAAUAGUUUCAUAUCCUGUCUGCCUGAUGCACCAAACAAGGGUCAUCAUCUGCUGUACACUUACUGAAAAUUUACUACCCUCUCUGUACUAGACAGCCCAAUAUCCGUCACCGUUUUUCUCACUUAAAAAUUAACCACAGAAAGCUCUAAUGCAAACAAACAUAGCCUAUAUUUUGAGGAAUGUAGAUCCUUUACAGCCUUUAUAGGAAAUAAUUUGUACUGAAAACUUCUCAGUGCUGCCCAGUAACCAUAGUGAUAUAUGGAAGAGAAAAUGAAUAAAGCAUAUAUAUUUUGAAAUACUUUUCUAUUCAGCAUGGUAGACAGUAGACCCUCAGAAUGUUAUUUAUUCUGGCAUCUGAUGACCCCCCCCCCCCCCAAAAAAAGUCAUUAUCAAUUCAAGGCUGUUGGCUUGUGUCUCAUACUUUCUCAAUCAAGUGCAUCUGACAUUCACUUCACUUGUCAAACUAAAAAGCUAAUGUUGAGCAUAUGGAAAUGGCAUUUAAGUUAUUCUGCUGAGGUGCCAAAAAGAAAUUCAGUUAAAUCCAUGUGCAUCUCAUUCUGUAGCCAGAGGAAAUUAGCUUCCACCACACCUGGUGUCAAUGAAGUGUAUACUUUGUACACAUACAGCCCAUAGACUAAGUCUGUGAGCUGUACAUACACAACGGCACAGCUAUUCGUAACGUCAGAGGCACAAUACUGAGAUGUAUAAAAAAACACAGCCAAGACAGCUUCAACCCCCCCCCCCCGAAAUAAGACAUGUUUUAUCUGUUCAGUGAUCUUUCAGUCCAGCAUCUCAUACCCAUUCUGACUAGACCAACCUCCACAAGUCUUUCAUACCCUCUUAUAUAUAAACUUGAGUCCAUAGAAGCCAUGCAAGCUACACACAGAACAGUAUCCCUUUGUGUGCAGUACUCAUAAGGAUAAAGCUAAAAAAAACAAAAAAACAUAAAUGUUUUAUUAUCUUUUUUCAAACAGCUGUACACAUAACAUUGCUCUGAAAAGACUGGCUUUCAUAAUAUCUGCACCUUUUAUAAACACUGUAGCCAACACACACAGGUUGUGAGCAGGUCAUCAUUUGCACAACAAAGUAUAACAAUGACUUCCAAAGGAUCGAGCCAUAUGUGAGAAGAGUACAACCUACUGGAUGGUACAGCAAAGGCAGGUAUGGUUUUUUAUAUUCACAAUAGACAUGAAGCACAUAUAGAGUCACUAGCACAUUCAGAAAUACAGGUUUUCCUCAGUGACUACUGAAAGUCCACCACUGUCAAUGCUCAUUUUAAAGUAUUAACCAUACCUGGGUUGGAUUGCUGGAUUAACUGACAGAAGUGUUCAAGUCAAUAAAAAAGUGCAAACUGUCCAUUUUCUGGUCCAGAGCCAUUUAUCUAUAUAUGGAAAUAGAUAGAAGCUGUGCUGUACUUCAACUAAUUCAAAAGGGUUUCAACCUGUACAUGUUCAAAUUUUGCAUUAUAGUUUCCUCUGCAGGUAACCUAAGUCAGCAAUAACAUCAUUGAUGUAUAACACAAACAUACUGUAACACAUGUGGUUACUGAGCCAGUUCUUUGAAGUGGGUGAAGUAAUGUAGAAAAUGUGCCUCUGUAUACCUCAAUGGUUCGAGCUUGCUGAAUGUAACAUAUCCUCUCCCUUCUGCAUGGCUUUCACUACUAUUCAACUUGCUUAAACUUUGUUGUUUUCAUUAUGUGUCACCUUGUGAAACAGUCAUAAUCCUCUGGGCUCUUAUUUAUUUUGUAUUCAUGCUUCACAAAGGCCCAAGCUUCUCAUUUUGAAAAGGUUUUUAAAUGCACCGUAUUGUUUGAUGGUAUCUCUUUUUGCAGUUUUUCUGUUUUUGCUGGACAAUUAAUAAAACAAUACUUAAACUAUU